CCGCCACAUGUGACGUACCACGUCAAUGACAAAUUAAAAUUGACAUUUGACAUAUCAACACAAAAACAAGGUUCCAGGAAAUUUAAAAGAAAUAUUAAAAUGACAUUUGAAGAUUUUAAAACAUUGAGAAAUAUAUCUCCAGCACUUACUAAUGAAAAAUUAACGAAAGCUCUCUCUGACUGGUUCAAGGAAGAAGUAAAAUUUACACAUUGGGAGUAUGUCAGCGAUACAGGCAAAGGUGAUUCAUAUUUAAGCGAGGUUAUAAGGAUAAGAAUACAUGGUGAAACACAAGAGGGCAGCAAAAAACAUGUACAAGUAGUCCUAAAAACGAUCCCUAAAAAUGUUUGUAGACGGUUAACAUUUAAAAGUCAUGAAUUCUUCAAAAACGAAAUUAUAUUCUACAAGAAAGUAUUACCAGCUUUACUCAGAUUUCAAUCGAAGAAAAACAUGAAAGAACCAUUUGAUAAAUGCGCAAAGCUUUUCCUCACACAUUGUGAUGGUGUUAAUGAUGUUAUUUGCUUAGAGGAUGCAUCAUUAGAAAACUAUGGAAGUGCUAUUCGACAAGAAGGUAUUGAUUUUGAUCAUUGCAUGGUAACUGUAAAGAGUCUAGCACAAUACCACGCAAUAUCUAUAGCUAUGAGAGACCAAGAACCUGAUGAAUUUAAUAGAAUAAGUAAUGAAAUAUUUGAAACAUACUAUGAUGAACGAUUAUGGGAUUGGUAUAGUCGUUUUUGGAAUCGAAUUAGUAAUAUAGCGAUUGAUGCGGUAGAAAAAGAAUAUCCUAAUACUAUUUAUGUUGAUAAAGUUAAACAAUUUGCGGUACCUGACCGUUAUAAAGACAUGAUUAGAGCUGUAUCGGACAAAACCAAUGGUGUUAUAUCCCACGGUGAUUCUUGGACAAAUAAUUUCUUAUUUAAAUAUGAAAAUAAUCGUCCAAUCGAUGCUAAGAUAAUCGAUUUUCAAUUAACUCGAUGUGCGAGCCCUGUUUUGGAUUUGGUUUUCUUUAUUUAUGCUUGUACGAAUCAGGAAUUAAGAGAAAAACAUUACAUUGAUUUAUUGAAUUAUUAUUAUAAAAUACUGGCAACACAGAUAAAAGAUAUGGGCAGUGAUCCAGACAAAGUUUACUCUUAUGACAUUUUCAUGACAGAGAUAAAGAAAUAUUCAUACUUUGGACUUGCAUUCAGUUUUGAAUCGACGCCAUUUAUAAUAUUAGCACCUGAAGAUGCUGUCAAUAUGGAAAUGAAGGGUGAAGAAAAACUCAACAUAGAUGACUUUUGGCAAAUAGGACCGUUUAAAACUAAAGAAGGUAGACUGAGAGAGGCUAACAAUGUUGUACACUGUGUAGAUAAUGGUUAUAUAUAACAAUAGGCUUUAAGAGAUAAAAUAAGUAAAAUAAUUGUCGAAAGGGCGGCAAAAUUUGACACUUGGCAAUACUGUCAAAAGUAAUGUGACAAUAUAUUUGUUUAUGGUUUAUUGAGAUUGUCUAUGUUGUACAUUUUGUUUCGUAUUUAUUUUAUUUUAUUUAGAAAUAAGUCACAAAUAAUGCUAUCAACAAAACUAACAACAUGAUGUGAUCAACAGUUCCAUAUUAGAAAAUUUUAAUAUGAUGUCAUAUCAUAUUUCAUCAUUAUUAAUUAAAUCUUCCAACAAAUUCAGUUUUUAUGAAGUUAUUUAAAGUUGGCCAAUUUGGUUACCUAUUUAACAUUCCUUAUCGUUAACCCCACCGAAAUACGUCUUUUUUAAACUUUUUAUAAUUUUUU